AUGGCUAAAAGAUUCGAGCAACACCAAAUCGAGGCUCUGCAGUCCGCUUUCGAAGAAUCGGAGCACUUAACCAAGGAAAAGAAGAUGGAGCUGGUGGCUGCUACAGGACUGGAUGUGGAGCAGAUAGCCAGCUGGUUCAGCCGCAAAAGAGCACGGAAACGAGCCAAAGAAGUCGAAACCGAGCUGCAGCUAACCCACUCCAGGCUCCAGCAAGAGCUCAGGGUUUGCCGAUGGACCGAAGCCGAUCUGCACAAGGAGCUAUUAGAGAGCAAGAAGAGAGAAGCCAAUCUCAAUGAUGAAAACCGGCGGCUGAAGGAGCGCCUCGCGAUCGCUGAGGGUGAUAAGCAGUUUGGAUCGUUGAUUAGGUUUUUCGAAGAUGAAAACCGUCGGUUCGAAGAGCGGAUCGCUGUUGCUGAGACUGAUGAUCAUAAGCAGUUCGGGCCGUCGAUGAGGUUUGUCGCGGACGACUAUCCGGAUUGGUAA